AUGGCUUUCAAGACCAGAGCCUGUUUCUUGUUGGUCUCUUACUUACUCCAAAUCCUCCUCCAAUCUCCAUCCUCUUCUGCACACCUUUACUUAUUAGGCGAUGAAAACGAAUCUCCUCCAGGAAAGAUUGAAUUUCAGGUUGACCCAAAACUAAUAUUUCCAAAUGACAGGCUCAAAAGCGCCUACGCUGCUCUCCAGGCCUGGAAAGAGGCUAUGUACUCUGAUCCCUUUAACAUGACGGGAAAUUGGAUCGGUGUUGACGUCUGCAGUUACACCGGCGUUUUCUGCGACAUCGCACUCGACGAUGAGAAACUUACCGUCGUUGCCGGAAUUGAUCUCAACCAUGGAGACAUUGCCGGUCACCUCCCUGACGAGAUUGGGCUAUUGACCGAUAUCUCAUUAUUCCACAUCAAUACAAAUAGGUUCUGCGGGAUCAUUCCCAGGACCGUUGCGUUCCUUCAAUUGUUGCACGAGUUUGAUAUUAGCAAUAAUCGAUUUGUUGGGUGGUUCCCUGACGUAGUAUUGGGCCUAGGGAAACUGAAAUAUCUUGAUAUCAGGUUUAAUAGUUUUGAAGGUACGUUGCCCCCGACAUUAUUCGAGAAACCUCUAGACGCGCUGUUCGUUAACCAUAAUAGAUUCACUUCGAUUAUACCUGAGACGUUGGGAAAAUCCACUGUCACCGUUGCUGUAUUCGCGUUUAACAGGUUUGAUGGGUGUAUUCCCAAGAGUAUUGGCCAGAUGCCAAACUUAGAGGAGAUUAUUUUCGCUAACAAUGUUAUGGCAGGAUGUGUUCCGGAAGAGAUUGGUUCGCUAAAGAAUGUUACUGUUAUUGACAUUAGUAAUAAUAGGUUCACUGGAAACUUGCCGGUUGGUAUGAACAAUUUGAAGACGGUUGAGAUUUUGAAUUUGUCUCAUAAUAAGUUCACAGGAAUUGUGUCUGAUGGAAUCUGUUCUCUGCCGGCUUUGAUGAAUUUAACGGUUGAUGACAACUUUUUCAAUCAAGAGGGGAAGACAUGCGAUGCUUCGUCUAGGAAAGACUUUGAAAUUAUCGAUGAUGCCAAUUGUCUCCCCGACAAGUCUGACCAAAAGAAAAAGGAAGAAUGCGACGUUGCUUUGUCCAAAACUAUUGAUUGCAAUAACUGUCGUGAAAAUCAAGAUAAUCCAGCACCCAAAGAACGAAGACACCCACCUCGUAGCUCGCCCGCACCUCAAGCACCUUCUACUCCGGUACAAACACAACCCCCUCAAGGACCACCAUCUCAAACAGCCACACCACCUACUCAAGGACCGCCUCAAUCUGCCACACCACCUCCUCAAGCAGCCACACCACCCCCUCAAGCAGCCACACCUCCUCCUCAAGGACCACCUCAAGAAGCCACACCACCCCCUCAAGCAGCAACACCACCUCCUCAAGGACCACCUCAAGAAGCCACACCACCUCCUCAAGCUGCCACACCACCUCCUCAAGGACCACCACAAGGACCACCUCAAGAAGCCACACCACCCCCUCAAGCAGCAACACCUCCUCCUCAAGGACCACCUCAAGAAGCCACACCACCCCCUCAAGCAGCCACACCACCUCCUCAAGCUGCCACACCACCUCCUCAAGCUAGCACACCACCUCCUCAAGGACCACCACAAGGACCACCUCAAGAAGCCACACCACCCCCUCAAGCAGGAACACCUCCUCCUCAAGGACCACCUCAAGAAGCCACACCACCCCCUCAAGCAGCCACACCACCUCCUCAAGCUGCCACACCACCUCCUCAAGGACCACCACAAGGACCACCUCAAGAAGCCACACCACCCCCUCAAGCAGCCACACCACCUCCUCAAGCUGCCACACCACCUCCUCAAGGACCACCACAAGGACCACCUCAAGAAGCCACACCACCCCCUCAAGCAGCCACACCACCUCCUCAAGCUGCCACACCACCUCCUCAAGCUAGCACACCACCUCCUCAAGGACCACCACAAGGACCACCUCAAGAAGCCACACCACCCCCUCAAGCAGCCACACCACCUCCUCAAUCAAGCACAACCUCCUCAAGCAGCAACACCACCUCCUCAAGGUGCCACACCACCCCCUCAAGCACAACCUCCUCAAGUAGCCACACCACCUCCUCAAGCAGCCACACCACCCCCUCAAGCACAACCUCCUCAAGCAGCCACACCACCCCCUCAAGCACAACCUCCUCAAGCAGCCACACCACCCCCUCAAGCACAACCUCCUCAAGCAGCCACACCACCUCCUCAAGCAGCUACACCACCCCCUCAAGCACCACCUCCUCAAGCAGCCACACCACCCCCUCAAGCACAACCUCCUCAAGCAGCCACACCACCCCCUCAAGCACAACCUCCUCAAGCAACCACACCACCUCCUCAAGCAGCUACACCACCCCCUCAAGCACCACCUCCUCAAGCAGCCACACCACCCCCUCAAGCACAACCUCCUCAAGCAGCCACACCACCCCCUCAAGCACAACCUCCUCAAGCAGCCACACCACCUCCUCAAGCAGCCACACCACCCCCUCAAGCACAACCUCCUCAAGCAGCCACACCACCCCCUCAAGCACAACCUCCUCAAGCAGCCACACCACCUCCUCAAGCAGCCACACCACCCCCUCAACCACACCACCCCCUCAAGCACAGCCUCCUCAAGCUGCCACACCACCUCCUCAAGCACAACCUCCUCAAGCAGCCACACCACCCCCUCAAGCACCACCUCCUCAAACAGCCACACCACCCCCUCAAACACAACCUCCUCAAGCUGCCACACCACCCCCUCAAGCAGCCACACCACCUCCUCAAGUACAACCUCCUCAAGCUGCCACACCACCUCCUCAAGGACCACCACCUCAAGCAGCCACACCACCCCCUCAAGCACAACCUCCUCAAGUAGCCACACCACCUCCUCAAGCUGCCACACCACCCCCUCAAGCACAACCUCCCCAGGCAGCCACACCACCUCCUCAAGCUGCCACACCACCCCCACAAGUACCACCUCCUCAAGCAGCCACACCACCUCCUCAAGCUGCCACACCACCCCCACAAGCACAACCUCCUCAAGUAGGCACACCACCCCCACAAGCACAACCUCCUCAAGCAGCCACACCACCCCCUCAAGCACAACCUCCUCAAGCUGCCACACCACCCCCUCAAACACAACCUCCUCAAGCAGCCACACCACCUCCUCAAGCUGCCACACCACCCCCUCAAGCACAACCUCCUCAAGCAACCACACCACCACCUCAAGCACAACCUCCUCAAGCAGCCACACCACCUCCUCAAGUUGCCACACCACCCCCACAAGCACAACCUCCUCAAGCAGCCACACCACCCCCUCAAGCACAACCUCCUCAAGCAGCCACACCACCCCCUCAAGCACAACCUCCUCAAGCAGCCACACCACCCCCUCAAGCACAACCUCCUCAAGCUGCCACACCACCCCCUCAAGCACAACCUCCUCAAGCUGCCACACCACCCCCUCAAGCACAACCACCUCAAGCAGCCACACCACCCCCUCAAGCACAACCUCCUCAAGUAGCCACACCACCUCCUCAAGCAGCCACACCACCCCCUCAAGCACAGCCUCCUCAAGCUGCCACACCACCUCCUCAAGCACCACCUCCUCAAGCAGCCACACCACCCCCUCAAGCGCAACCUCCUCAAGCAGCCACACCACCCCCUCAAGCACAACCUCCUCAAACAGCCACACCACCUCCUCAAGCUGCACCACCCCCUCAAACACAACCUCCUCAAGCAGCCACACCACCUCCUCAAGCACAACCUCCUCAAGCUGCCACACCACCCCCUCAAGCACAACCUCCUCAAACUGCCACACCACCACCUCAAGCACCACCCCCUCAAGUAGCCACACCACCCCCUCAAGCAGCCACACCACCCCCUCAAGCACAACCUCCUCAAGCAGGCACACCACCUCCUCAAGAAGGCACACCACCCCCUGAAGCACAAACUCCUCAAGCAAGCACACCACCUCCUGAAGCACAACCUCCUCAAGCAGUCACACCACCCCCUCAAGCACAACCUCCUCAAGCUGCCACCCCACCCCCACAAGCAGCCACCCCACCCCCACAAGCAGCCACACCACCUCCUCAAGCAGCCACCCCACCCCCACAAGCAGCCACACCACCUCCUCAAGCAGCCACCCAACCCCCUCAAGCAGCCACACCUCCCCCUCAAGCUGCCACACCUCCUCCUCAAGCAGCCACACCACCCCCUCAAGCCGCAACACCACCCCCUCAAGCUGCCACACCUCCUCCUCAAGCAGCCACACCACCUCCUCAAGCUGCCACACCACCCCCUCAAGUAGCCACCCCACCUCCUCAAGCUGCAACACCACCCCCACAAGCAGCCACACCACCCCCACAAGCCGCCACACCACCCCCUCAAGCACCACCUCCUCAAGCUGCCACACCACCUCCCCAAGCACCACCUCCUGAAGUAACCACACCACCACCUCAAGCUGCCACACCACCACCUCAAGCAGCCACACCACCACCUCAAGCUGCCACACCACCCCCACAAGUCGCCACACCACCCCCACAAGCCGCCACGCCACCCCCUCAAGCAGCCACACCACCCCCUCAAGUUGCCACACCACCCCCACAAGCCGCCACACCACCACCUCAAGCUGCCACCCCACCCCCACAAGCCGCGACACCACCCCCACAAGCCGCCACACCACCCCCACAAGCCGCGACACCACCCCCACAAGCCGCCACACCACCUCCACAAGUAGCCACGCCACCCCCACAAGCCGCCACGCCACCACCACAAGCCGCCACGCCACCCCCUCAAGCAGCCACACCACCCCCUCAAGUCGCCACACCACCAGAAGCGUCACCGCCAGAGGAGUUCUCAGACAUCGGUCUUCCACCAGAACUAACUCUAGGUGGCUUGUAUAACUCCCCACCACCCCCAGCAUACAAGGGAUACUAA